GGCGCUGCGCGGGCCGCACUUCCUCCAGCUCCUCCUCGGUACACGUCAUGCAAACAGCAGCUUUAAGCUCCUGCGCAUGCGCGGCCGUAGCUCCUUCCAGUCUCUGCGGUUUGAAGAGCAGCUGCUCGAUGAUGAAGAUGCUACACGUGUUUUUGGUCCUGGCUCUGCUCGGUCUGGGCACAGGAGAAGAGGGAGCCCGUUUGCUGGCCUCUAAAUCUCUGCUGAACCGCUAUGCCGUGGAGGGACGAGAUCUCACUCUGCAGUACAACAUCUACAACGUGGGCUCCAGUGCCGCUCUGGAGGUGGAGCUGUCAGAUGAUUCUUUCCCCCCCGAAGACUUUGGAAUCGUUUCAGGAAUGCUGAACGUCAAAUGGGACAGGAUUGCACCAGCCAGCAACGUCUCUCACACGGUGGUGCUGCGCCCCCUGAAGGCCGGCUACUUCAACUUCACCUCCGCCUCUGUCAGCUACCUUGCCCAGGAAGGAGGACAAGUCGUGGUUGGCUACACCAGCGCCCCCGGCCAGGGAGGCAUCCUGGCUCAGAGGGAGUUCGACCGUCGCUUCUCCCCACACUAUCUGGACUGGGCUGCUUUCGGUGUGAUGACUCUUCCCUCCAUCGGCAUCCCUCUGCUCCUCUGGUACUCCAGCAAGAGGAAGUACGACUCACCGAAGGCCAAGAAGAACUGAGACGGCACAUCUGAGGGGUGGGGUGGUGCGGGAGGGUUGUGGGUGUGGGUGGAAGUCAAAGGGUUUAAUGGGCACAGGAUCUCUGAAAAGCUUAAUAACCCAUAUUGGGGGUGAAAGUUGCAAGAAGAACAGUGACCAAGGAACGUGAUUGCAAUUUGAUCAAACAAGCAGCAUGAUUUUAAAAGAACUCUGUGUCAGGACGUAGAAGGACAGCUCGGGUGUGGUCACCAAACCCAAUGAGCACGUUCUCGUCUACAGCCUGAGCUCCACCAGCUGCUGGUCAUUCCUUCAUAUUUGCAGAUGGGUUCAUGUGACAAAAAUACAUUACAAUUACAAUAACUACUGUAACAAGUUUUUUUUGUAUUUUUGUAAUUGUGUAUGUGUGUGUGCGAUGAACUGAAUUCAGAUUUGAAGUUUGAAGCCAGUUGUUGAACUUCAUUCAUACAUAAAUUAAUAAAAAAACAUGGUGGGUUUUUCUAAA